UUCCCAAGCUGCCCCACGCCAUCAGUCAUGGCUGCGCCCAGUGAGAAGGAGACCACGCUGGCACCGGGUUCGGGAUUGGGGUCAAUUCCGGGGUCUGGGUCAGUGUCCGGGUCACUGCCCGGGUCACUGCCGGGGUCAAGCUCAGCGGCCAAGGCCCCAGGAGCUCCCAAGCCGUGCCGGGCGUGCACAGACUUCACGUCAUGGAUGAAGGCGCAGAGGAAGGAGAAGGGGGCGGCAGCGGGCAGCGUGGCGACCGAGGAGGCAGAGCAGCGCAGAGCGGCCGCGACGGCGGUCGAGUGCCCCGCGGACCGGGAGGAGCUGGGCCGCAGCACGUGGACCUUCCUGCACACCAUGGCCGCCUACUACCCCGAGCAGCCGAGUGCGCAGCAGCGUCGCGACAUGGGGGAGAUGGUGCGGCUGUUCUCACGCUUCUACCCUUGCGAGGAUUGCGCCACGGACAUGCGAGAAAGGCUUGAGAUUCGGCCACCGGACACGAGCAGCCGCCGCGGUCUCUCACAGUGGAUGUGCGGCUUGCACAACGAUGUGAACCGCAGACUCGGAAAGCCCCAGUUCGACUGCAGCCGCGUGGACGAGCGCUGGAAGGAUGGGUGGAGCGAUGGUUCCUGUGACUGAGCGAUGGAACACGUCGAUCGCCCACCCUCAUUUCCACCAACCCCCCCAUGACCCUUGACUCAAACCCACGAUUUAAUACUUUUAUUACUAUGACUGUAAUCCUUUGUGAUGCCAAUCCAUGAUUACUGAUUCUUUGACUUCUACAGGUGUGUGGCUCAGCGCACUUUGAUAUUGAACGUUGAAAUAUGAAAGUAAAUGUUACAAUGCAACAGCA